CACAAGUCCUGGUGUCUUUAAAAGGAUCAGCUUGAGGAAUAAGGCUCAUUUGAGAGCUGUGACAUUCAUCUGACUCUAGUGAAAGUCCAACAGCCACUCCCUUUUUGGCCUCCAACUGGGCACCAUGAGGGCCUGCAUCUCCCUGGUAUUGGCCGUUCUGUUCGGCCUGGCCUGGGCUGGAAAAAUGGAAUCCUGUGCAUCUCGAUGUAAUGAGAAAUUUAACCGGGAUGCUGCCUGCCAGUGUGACCGCCGGUGUCUCCGGCAUGGGAACUGCUGUGAAGACUAUGAACAUCUGUGUACUGAGGACCACAAAGAGUCAGAGCCAUUGCCACAGCCGGAGGAAGAGACAGAAGAGGCCCUCGCCAGCAACUUGUACUCGGCACCCACCUCUUGCGAGGGCCGCUGCUACGAAGCCUUUGACAAGCACCACCAAUGUCACUGCAAUGCCCGCUGCCAAGAGUUUGGGAACUGCUGCAAGGAUUUUGAGAGCCUGUGUAGUGGCCAUGAGGGCUUCUCCCACAGCAGUGAUGCCAUAACCAAAGAGGAGAUUCAAAGCAUCUCUGAGAAGAUCUACAGGGCAGACACCAACAAGGCCCAGAAGGAAGACAUCAUUCUCAAUAGCCAAAACUGCAUCUCCCCGUCAGAGACCAGAGACCAAGUGGAUCGCUGCCCAAAGCCACUUUUCACUUAUGUCAAUGAGAAGCUGUUCUCCAAGCCCACCUAUGCAGCCUUCAUCAACCUCCUCAACAACUACCAGAGGGCGACAGGCCACGGGGAGCACUUCAGUGCCCAGGAGCUGGCCGAGCAGGAUGCCUUCCUCAGAGAGAUCAUGAAGACAGCAGUCAUGAAGGAGCUCUACAGCUUCCUCCAUCACCAGAAUCGCUAUGGCUCAGAACAAGAGUUCGUCUAUGACUUGAAGAACAUGUGGUUUGGGCUCUAUUCAAGAGGCAAUGAAGAGGGGGACUCGAGUGGCUUUGAACAUGUCUUCUCAGGUGAGGUCAAAAAAGGCAAGGUUACCGGCUUCCAUAACUGGAUCCGCUUCUACCUGGAGGAGAAGGAGGGUCUGGUUGACUAUUACAGUCACAUCUACGAUGGGCCUUGGGAUUCUUACCCCGAUGUGCUGGCAAUGCAGUUCAACUGGGACGGCUACUAUAAGGAAGUGGGCUCCGCUUUCAUCGGCAGCAGCCCUGAGUUUGAGUUUGCACUCUACUCCCUGUGCUUCAUCGCCAGGCCAGGCAAAGUGUGCCAGUUAAGCCUGGGAGGAUAUCCCUUAGCCGUCCGGACAUAUACCUGGGACAAGUCCACCUAUGGGAAUGGCAAGAAGUACAUCGCCACAGCCUACAUAGUGUCUUCCACCUAAUCAACUUCGAGCCAGAAAGGGGCAUGAGGGCUCUUGCGAGACUGAAGUGCUAUCUUCUCUGGACUAGAGAGAAGAGGGAGAGGACUGGAAGGGAUCACCAAAUCUCAAAGCAAUGAGAAGCAUUCCUAAAUCCCAAAGUGCCCACAUGGGAAAGAGAUAAAAUGUACAAAUUAGAAAAAUGUGGAUAAACAGUCAAACCUUUAUCCUCUAGAAUUCUGGCAAUGUUGACUAAGAAACAGAGUCCAGGCAGAGAAGGUAGGAGCCCUCCAUAGCUCUCUGCCCUGAUGUGUAGGGGAACUAGGAAGAAGUCCUUUGACCUCACCAGGCCUCAUGCUUCCCUUUAAUGUAAAGGGAAGGGGUUUGCCCACUUUCCUCUUUUUGGGGUUGGUGAGAGGGCAAACCCUGAUAUUUUUACUGUGAAGGUGUUUUCAAUUGUUCUUAGGAAGAACAGCUGAUAUAAAUUCAAGAUUACUAUAAUGGCUGUUAUUAUACACAGCUCUGUAAACUACCACUCAGCCCUGUGUUGGGGUCCUCAAAGAAGUAAGGCCACAGUAAUCAAGCAAGGGCCUUUGGUUUUUUCUAGAGUUAGAUCCUCUCAGAACAGAGUCUGGGAGAACUCCAAUGCUGAAUGGAGAAGGGUAAUAGGUUGGUGCAGUGAAUGGGCUGGAGGUGGGGUGGCCUUCUCCAGGCCUGAGUGUUUUUGUGUCCAGCUCAGUAUCUGCAUCAAGAAGUUUCCCACUUGUGGAUGUUUAGUGCAGCCACAGACUUGUAUUUUGAUCCCCAAUUUUUUUUGAAAGAGUUCUCCUCAUAGGAGGAUGAUUCAGCAUCAGAAGAAGAAGGAACCCAUAGCUUGGUGUCAUUAACAUAAUUAUUUUAAGGCUUAUCCAGCAGCCAUAAUUUGAAUAACUCUACGAGACCAGAGAGACUGUAGUUCCCUAUUUUAACCUCAAUUAUGCAUUUGUCCCCCAACCCCACUGAGAACUAAAUGCUGUACCACAGAGCUGGGUGUGAACUGUGGUUUAGAAGGUUCAAGUUUCCAAUUAAAGUCAUUGAAGAAAACUUGAAAUGAGCAUCUUCUUUGUAUAUGGCCUCCCUCCAAUGUCUGUCUCCCUGCCUUUUCCCUGGAGCAGGGCUGGCAGUGAUACUUUUGCUCUAGAGUCUUUUCAGAAUGGCUUGAAGAAUGUGGUAUCUGGAUGAAGUCUCUGUUGACUCACUACAUCUCUCUAGCCAAGAGGGGAAGAGAAUUCUGUAAUAUGAAGAGUGGAAGGAUCAUUGCAUACAGAUAGUGAGGCAGCGGGGCGGGGGUGGUAAAUGGAGAUUGGUGGUCCCCAUCCCCCCAAUAACCAGUCCCCUUGAUCAAAUACACAGGAGUAUAAGGACAUUUCUGGAUAUAGCUUCUGUGGUUGCAGAGGUUGACCACACUGGGGGAAGAGGAGAUGCUAAAGAGAUACAGAAAGACUUCUUAUCUGUAAACAGAUUACUCAAGCCACAAUGCUAGAAAACGGUCAGGUAUGAAGAGAUACCUCGGGCAAGUUUAUAGACUGCAGAUAGAUGAAACAGGGCCUUGUCCUGCCCUUUCCCAGAGAUGUUCACGGUCAAUAGGCAAGACAGUGAGUCAGUAGAGCACAGGGGUAACAGGUACAGGCUCUGAAGUCAUGUUGCCCAGGUACCUAGCCAGGCUCUGUUGCUUACUGGCCAUAUGAGCAAAUUUCUUAAUUAUUCAGAUUGUUUCCUCACCAGUCAAAUGGGGAUAAUAUUACCAUUGUUGUGAGAUAAGGAAUGUGAAAUAACAUGCUAGUCUUUCUUAUAGUAAUUAUUGUCUCACUUAUUUUACAGAUUUAAUUUUAUACUGGGAGAGGCAAUUUACUAUCCCUGCUAUCAGCCUUAACCUUCAACUACUGGUGCCCAGUACUUGUGCUCUUCAUAGGCCUCUUCAGAGGUCUUCCAGGUAGUCCAGUAGGAGACAGAAAGACAGAAAUGCAGGAGAGAGUACUGUAUUCCAGGGUCUGGGCCUUAGCUUUGCAGGAGAGAAAGGUAAGAACUAACAUUUGUUAAGCUGUUAGUUACCAUGUCCCAAGCUGUGCUAAGUAGUCCUUUUAUAUUCAUUUUCUCACUCUGGUGGGUAUUUUUAUCUUCACCAUUUUAAUUUUACCUAGACAACUGAGGCUCAGAUUAAGCCACAUUCUUAGUCAGUAGCAGAAUCAGGACUGCAAAAUUCGACCCUUUUCCUCAUGUUGUAGUGAGCCUGGAUUUCUAGUAGUAUCUACUCACUUAUUCAUUCAUUAUUUUUUAAAGAAUAUUUAUUAAGACCCCUGACAGAGGCUGCUGGUUACCCCUCAGUAUCUGCUCUCCUCUUCUUCCUUAUUCACGGAAGUCUCAGUUUUUAGGUACACAAAUGACUGUCAAGAGGACGGACUCUUGACCUCCCUUGCAACCAGAAGUAGGCGUGUGUCUAUGUCCUCCCCAAUGGCAUGGAAAGGAAGUAUUCUUAAUGGGCAGGGGGUACCGUUAUUCCCACUCUUGCCCUUUUCUGCUGACUGGAUUUCAGACAAGAUCGUGGGAGCUUGAGCAGCCAGCUUGAACCACGAAUGAAAGCCAUGUGCUGAAGACCACAGAGCAGCCAGGAAGGAGCCUGGGUCUCACACCGAAACUGUCACACUAAUCCUGGAUUGCUUAUAUUCAGUCUUACAUGAAAGAAAAAUAAUCUUUCAUGUUGAAGCCACUCUUAUUUUGGGCUUUCUGUCACAUGCAACCAAACUUAACAUAGUAUCUCCAUAACAGGAAGUCCCAAGGCUCAUUUUCUUCCUAAAGUUACUUAGCUAAUACUUCCUUUCUUAAGAUUUACAUUAACUGUCAGACUCUAACUAUUUGAAAGAUCCCAAUAAUUGUUUUGGAUAUUAAAAUUAAUAGCAUUUACAAUCAUU